CCUCUACCCCCACAGUCAAAAUGGAGCCGCAACGGAAGCUGUUUUGCGGCAACUUUGCCAGGUACUCAUCGAUUUCGUGAGGGAAACCAACGAUAGAAACUGCAAAGUCCUCGAAUUUCACCAUCCGGAAGAAAUGAAGAAGCUCCUAGACCUCUCGAUUCCAAAUGAAGGGCUUACACUACAAAACCUUAUCGAUGAUUGUGCUCAAACUCUGAAAUAUCAAGUGAGGACUGGACACCCUCAUUUCAUGAACCAGCUCUCCUGCGGCCUGGACUUGGUCUCGAUGGCCGGCGAGUGGCUCACAGCGACUGCUAACACUAACAUGUUCACUUACGAGAUAGCCCCUGUCUUCAUCCUCAUGGAGAGUGUCGUGUUGUCCAAGAUGAGGGAGAUAAUCGGCUGGAGGGGAGGAGAUUCGAUACUUGCACCAGGUGGAUCAAUAUCAAACUUAUACGCGUUCCUUGCCGCUCGGCAUCACAUGUUCCCGCAGUACAAAGAGAAGGGCCAAUCAUGUUUAAGUGGCCAACUGGUCAUGUUUACUUCUGAUCAGUGUCAUUAUUCCGUAAAGAGUUGUGCCGCAGUAUGUGGUCUUGGCACUGACAAUUGUGUGGAAGUUCCUUCUGAUGAGAGGGGGAGGAUGAUCCCUAGGGAAUUGGAAAGGCUUAUUGUUGAAAGAAAGUCAAAAGGACAGAUUCCAUUUUUCGUGAACUGUACCUCAGGCACCACCGUUCUCGGGGCAUUUGACCCUAUCAACGAUAUUGCUGAUAUCUGUGAAAAAUAUAAGCUCUGGCUCCAUAUUGAUGCGGCAUGGGGUGGUGGACUCCUACUAAGCAAAAAAUACCGUCAUCCAAGACUGUCAGGAAUUGAAAGGGCUGAUUCAGUGACAUGGAAUCCACACAAGCUGAUGGGGACACUACUGCAAUGCUCUACGAUUCAUUUUAAAAUCGAUGGACUCCUUUUGAGCUGUAACCAAAUGUCUGCCGAUUACCUGUUCAUGCAAGACAAGCUUUACGAUGUCCAGUACGACACUGGAGACAAGGUGAUACAAUGCGGAAGGCACAACGACAUCUUCAAACUGUGGAUUCAGUUCCGCGCCAAGGGAUUGAUAGGAUUCGAGAAGCACAUGGACCACUUGAUGGAGAUGGCCGAGUACUUGGUCGAGAGAAUAAAUCAGACCAGUGACAAAUUCUAUCUUAUACUAGAACCGGAGCUGGUCAACGUUUGCUUCUGGUACAUACCUAAGAGGCUGCGAAGUAUGCCGCAUGGACCACAACGAAUUCAAGAGCUUGGGAAGGUUUGUCCCAUUUUGAAAGGAAAAAUGAUGGAAGCUGGAACACUUAUGGUUGGUUACCAACCUGAUGACAAACGACCCAACUUUUUUAGAAGCAUUUAUUCUUCAGCAGCUGUCAAUAAAGGAGAUGUUGAUUUUAUGCUUUCAGAAAUGGAUCGUCUUGGUCAAGAUCUUUAAGAUAAUUUAUGAUAAGUCCUGCCUUUUAAUUUAACAUUUUUUCUUAUUUUUACAAUAAAUAUUUUAAGAUUUAUUAACUUUAUUUUUUUCUUAU